AUGGCGGUGGAAUACGUGUACGCGUUACACGACUUCCAGCCCGAGAACGAGGAUGAGGUGGAGUUUCGAGCCGGCGAGCGGAUCGAGGUAGUCGAGAAGGACGAUCUCUACCAGGACGGAUGGUGGCAGGGCAAGAACCUGGCCGGUAAAACUGGGCUAUUCCCAGUGAGCUACACUCAGCCCGCCCCACGCGCCCAAUCGCCGCCUCCCCCUCAGGCCGACAACAUCUCCGCCUCUGUCUCAGCGCCAGCAACAGUCUCAACGCACCCGAACGUCCCCUCGCCUCCACCUUCAGAGCCAACUCAACCGCUCCCCUCGAUCCUGACAACAUCACCCAGCGACGCCGAAGCCGAAGCCGACGAACCCACCAGCUCUUCAUUAUUACCACUUAUCGAAGAAUCCGAGCCGGCAGUGUCGACAGGCGGCAAAGUGACGCCGAACGGCGAAGUGAUGCGCGCGACGAUGACCGACGUCCAACAAGCGCUCGAGCAGCUCGGCCGACACGCCGACGGCGACGGCGCGCGCUCCUUCACCUUCGCCUCCACACGUGACGGCGAGAGCACAGACCACGAUAGUCUGAGCGAGCGGGACGGCGAAGACGAGGAGGGCGAGGACUGGUACCGCUCCACGCGCGCCCGACUGGCCGAACGCGCGCGCCAACAGGUCGCAGAGGCGCGUGCGGCAGAGGCGGCCCGGAACCCCGUCCCUGCGCCUCUCCCGCCUAUCGACGUCGAUAUUUCCGACGAGAGCGGUGACGAGGACGAAGACGUCACGAGCCAUCGUCGCGCGCACCCGCGGAUAUCGGAAGAAGACGAGCGGGAGGGCGACGAGCCCAGUCCGCUCGUCGAAGCCAGCGACAGAUUCAUCGUUCCUUCGCCGCUGCCCACCGCGACGCAAGAGAGCUUCCCGCUGCCUCCCACGACAGUACUGGCACCUUCGCCCGCGGAGAAUGCCGUCCGCGCAGUGUCCCCUCCCCCGCCCGUACCCGGCCCAGCUCCCGAAGACAUCCAGCUCCCACGCAGUCCCGCGCCACAGGAGCUCACUGCGCCCGUCCCGCCCUUAGACCAGCAGCCCACGCCAACCCCAUCCAGACACCCUGAGAUCCCGCCUGCACUGCCCUCUCCCGUGCCCACUAGCACAGACAGUUCCACGCGCUACGGCCCCGGCGUCUCAACCCCGCCCACGAGCCACGUUCCGGAAUCCAGCACGCUCAGUCCGACUACUAGUAGCAUGCUCAGUCCUACGACUGGCGGAUCGAGCAUGCGGAAGAGCUCGCUUGCACCUAGAGGUCAUCCAAGCGAUUGGACUGUUGAAGAGGUUGUGGAUUGGCUGAGGAGCAAAGGCUUUGACGAGGGCGUAUGCGAUAAGUUCAUCGAACAAGAAAUCACAGGCGACGUCCUCCUCGACCUAGACGUCAACCUCCUCAAAGCCGAAAUCGGCAUCGUCGCAUUCGGCAAGCGCAUGCGCAUCGCCAACGCAAUCUCAGACCUUCGCCGCCCUCCAUCCGUCAUAUCCGAUCGCGGCGGACCCGGCUCCUCCAUCGCCCCCUCUCACUUCACCACGCCCGGCUCGCAUUUCAAUGGCGUUGGGAACGGUCAAUUCGCCAGCCCUACAAGCACGAACAAUAUGUACGGUACGCCCGGCGCGCUCUCUACUCCUCAGUCGCAAUCGCAUUCCGGUCCGGGUUCGGUUACGGGUUCAGCGGGCAGUCCGUUCAUACUCGGGCACGGGAAGAGCCAGUCAGUUGCAACUGCUACGACGCACCUGAGCAGCCCAAGCCCGUACACACCCGCGAGCUUGCAGCCGGCGUUCGUCGAGGAGCCUAGUGCUGAGACGAGGAGCGAAGGAGGCGCCGGGAGCGAGAGUCAGGCUACGCUUGGUCUCGGACUUGGUGCUGCUGUGGGCACUGCGUUGCCCGGUGCGCUUAUGCCUGGUGGACGGCCGAACAACAAGGGCCGCCCGUCGCAGCUCACGCUGUCGCCUAGUGAUAGCCAGCUCGGCGCCAGUGUCAAGGCCGUAGCUGGAGACGUCGCCGACCCCGCAAGCGACGAGCGGGGUGUGAUGAGCGAGAGCGAAGCAUCCGCAACCAAACGCCGCCGCUCUACAAAGUCCUCCAAGAACCCACCUCCCUCAGCAUCAGCCGCCUCCACACACUCGAAGGAAGGCUCCGCAACCGACAGCCCCAAAGCACACGCUCGCAAGCGUAGUGUCGACGCCAACAAGCCCGCCGGAGACCGUGAUCGGCACAGUUUGUUCGGUAAUGCGUUCGGUGGGACGUUAGGCAAGAGCCGCAAGCCUGCGCCGCGGUACUCUGCCGCCGACGCAGAACCCGAGAAAUCCGGCCUCUCCUUCCCCCGCCUCCUCCCCGGCUCAUCCCGCAAAUCCUCCGGCCGCCCCGGUACAUCAGACGGCGCAUCCGCCGCCGGCUCCUCAACCCUCAUCGGCGCGCCCUCCUCCGCCCAGUCCAAACGCGACGCCCGCCGCGACUCUGUCAACUCCGGCGGUUCAAAGGAGAAGGACGAGAAGAAGCGCGAUCCCGCUCUACUACGCAAACGCACCUCCAGCGCCGGGCCCGGGACACGUACGCCUGGUGGGCCUGGCGUAUCUCCCGUCGACGCCAAAAACGGAUUGGGAGUGGGUGCCGCGGGCGAGAAGCUCAGGGCGGGGCAGAGUAUACUGCAGCAGAUCGGCGCGCCGGACUUCAACGGGUGGAUGCGGAAGAAAGGCGAACACUACAAUGUGUGGAAGAGCCGGUACUUCGUGCUCAAGGGCCCGCACCUAUACUGGUUACGGUCCAACUCUCCCUCCGAGAUGAAGAUCAAGGGAUAUGUCAAUACGACUGGCUACCGCAUCGUCGCGGACGAGAAGAUCGACCCUGGCAAGUACGGGUUCAAGCUCGUGCACGAUAGCGAGAAGGCGCAUUACUUCAGCUCGGAGGAGCAGAGCGUCAUUCGGGAGUGGAUGAAGGCGCUUAUGAAGAGUAGCAUCGAUCGGGAUUACUCCAAACCCGUAGUCUCAUCCGUCAACAUCCCCACCAUCCCUCUCCAAGUCGCACAAGCAAUGAACCCGGCCCCACGCCCACCCUCACCAACCCAACGCGCCGCAACCCAGAAGUCCUUCCGCCGCGAGAACACGAACCAGCUAAGCACGCGCGACGCUCAGAUCCUGAUGGGUGUCGGCGGCACAGGCGAGCGCGCGCGUCUCGACUCCGUAUUUUCAACGCAAGACGCAGAGCCCUCCUCGUUGCCUCUGGAGAGUGCAGCAAGUGCGCCCCAACUAGCAGCAAGGCCUGCGCCGCCGAGCAGGCCGAGUCGGGAGUUGCGGCGCGGCGCGAGCGUGAGUACGCAGAAGACGGGCCAGUCGACGAAUGAUACCGCGCUGGACCCCGCGCUCGUGGAAUGGGCCAACUCCCACGUCCCUUCCUCCCUUCACAUCCCCGCAGACGGCGCCUACCCCCUAACGAUCGGCCUCACGCUCCUCCGCCUAGCCGAAAGCAUCAAAGGCUCCCCCGCCUCCCCGCCCGUGCCCGACGCCGCCUUCCCAUCAUCACCCGAAGACGCCGACAAGCUCGAAGGCCUGUUCAGGCUGUUCGACUUUUUGUUGGAUAAUGAUGUGCGGAUGGGGAGCGUCAGUAUCAAUGAUAUUAGGCAGGGACGGAGAGAUAAGGUUGGACAGUUGCUCAAGGCGCUUAGGGCGUGGGAGGAGAAGAGGAGGAACGUGGCGAGGAGUAUUGGGAAGGGGGGUGUCGGCGUCGGUGGGUUCGUUGCCCCUGCCGGAUGGGAAGAUUGA